AUGGAUUCGUUCGAGUUCAAGCGCACGGCAUGGCAAGUCGCGUUAUCCUCAGCUGUCGCCGCCUUUGGUGUGUUCAUUUUCAAGCUUGUGAAGAUGCGCAUGAUCUUCUACAAGCUCAAGAAGCAAGGACUACCGAUGCCACCAUGGGAUUUUGCAGCCGGUAACCUCAAAGUGUUACCAGAACUCCUGGAGAAGUUUCCCAAAGGCUCCCAGCAGUCAGAUACCUUCACCCUGCUAUCAUAUGAUUUCAAACAUUCCGACAACUGCUUUUAUAUCGAUCUUUGGCCGUUCACCAGCCCGCUGCUUGUUGUCACAUCGCCCGAGCUUGCGAUACAAGCAUGUCAAGAACACGAUCUUCCAAAGCCGGAGAUCCUGAAACCAUUCUUCGCGCCGUUUGCAGGGGGAGCGAAUUUAUUUGACAUGAAUGGCGCUGAGUGGAAACGUUCGAGGGCGCUUUUCAACCCAGGUUUUAGUGACAGGGUGAUGCUUGAGAGCACGGCGCACAUCAUCGAGGAAGCUGAAGUUUAUGUGACGCUGCUGCGGGAGCAUGCGAGGAAGGGCGAUACAUUCUCUCUGGACGAACUUACAUGCGACUACAUGAUGGAUGUCAUUGGUGCCAUCACGAUCAACACCCGCCUCCAUUCCAUGACUAGCCACAACGCACUUGCAGCCGCAAUGAGGAGCUCCAUCGAGUGGCACUGCCAGGACCAGGAAAUGAAUCCUUUCAAGCGCUGGAACCCUAUACGACCUUUGACUGAGUGGUAUAACGGCAAAACGAUGAAUCGUUACCUCAGCGCCGAGCUGGAUAAACGGUAUGAGGAUUGGAGGACCAACGAGCCGUCCACUCGUGCGAGAUCGGUCAUGGACAUGGCUAUCGCAUCUUAUAUGAGCGAGCGUAAAGUUGCCGCCAAGCUCGAUGCCGAUUUCAAGAAAUGGGCGACUGUUCAGAUCCGCCUAUUCUUGUUCGCUGGGCAUGAUUCGACCGCCGCUACAAUUGUGUACAGCCUAUAUAUGCUGUCCAAGCAUCCAGAUGCUCUGGCCAGGGUCCGUGCAGAACUUGAUGAGGUUUUUGGCGAGGGUAUCAACUCCGCUGCUAGUGUUCUCAAGAAGCACCCUGAGCGGAUUAACAAACUCGCGUAUACCAACGCAGUCGUCAAAGAAACCUUGCGUCUAUUUCCACCAGCUUCGGGUAUGCGAGGCGGGCUUCCAGGCGUGUUCUUGCUCGACAGGAGCGGGAACAAAUACCCCACCGAAGACAUCAACAUCUGGGUCGUUCACGGAGCGAUCCAGCGGAAUCCAGAGUACUGGCCCGAACCUCAUUCUUUCUUGCCUGGACGCUGGCUUGUUGAGCCAAAUCAUCCUUUGUAUCCACCGAAAGGAGGAUGGCGACCCUUCGAAGCUGGUCCGAGGAACUGCGUCGGCCAAACGCUUGCGAUGCUUGACAUUAAGAUCACCCUAGCAAUGACGGUUCGCGAGUUCGAUGUGCAUAACCAGUACGAUGAGUGGGAUCGCCUUCAUCCUUCGUCUAGUAUCAAGACAGUGUUUGGGGAAAGAGCCUAUCAGGUGCCGCUGGGAGCAGCCCACCCGGUGCACGGCUUUCCUUGUAAAGUGACCAUGCGAGAAGAUUCGUAG